UGAUAUAUACUAGAAUAACAUUCGCAUGAAUAUAAAUUAAUGGUUAAGCACCUCAGAAAUAUCCUCGGGAUUUGGUGAGUGUAGAGCAGUUGAGAAGAAACUAAAGAUGGAGUUUGGGGAUUCCAUGGAGAGAGGAGAACUAUGGCCUCUCCUCAGCAAGGAUGAAACAUCCAGGGAUUACAAAGAGGAAGCAUCAUCUAAAUCAUAUAAAGUGACUCAGUUACCGCACAAGCCCAGUGACUGGAGAGCGCCAGCAAUCAUUUUAGGAUUUGAAUGCUUGGAUAGCACUGCUUUCAACGGAAUCGCGACGAACUUGGUUGUGUAUCUGCACACUGUCCUCCAUGGAAACAAUGCUUCAAAUGCAGCCAAUGUUACUACCUGGUUCGGCACAAGCUAUUUCACACCAAUUCUUGGAGCUAUAAUAACAGACACAUACUGGGGCAACUACAAAACCAUCUUCGUGUCCCUUGUCCUCUACUUGCUUGGACGAAGCCAUGAUUCAAUCACGAGGAGGGGGCCAAAAUAUGUACAAAUAAAAAUUUAUAACUUGGGUAUGGUACUGAUUACUCUUUCACCUUUUGCUGCUGCUGCAACUUCUGUUACAAAUGGAGCUCAAAUUCUUGUGUUCUAUUCUGGAUUGUAUCUCGUGGCAUUUGGGAGUGGAGGACUGAGAUCGGCAUUGCUUCCUUUUGGCGCGGACCAAUUCGAUGAUAACAACCCUUUAGACAGAGAAAAGAAGGGCCCUUUCUUUAGUUGGUUUUAUGUAUGCAUGGUCUUUGGAUCGAUCACUUCUGGUACUAUCAUAGUUUGGAUUCAAGAGAACAUAGAUUGGGCUCUUGGUUUUGGGAUUUCGACUUUAUGUAUAGCUCUGGCCUUAGGAGGAUUCUUGCUAGGGACACCGACAUAUCGAUUGCUGAUGCCUAGCGGUAGUCCAUUGAAGAAUAUUUGCCAGGUUGUGGUUGCCUCUUUAAGGAAAAUAAACUUGGAAGUUCCCGCGGAUAGUUCUCUCCUUUAUGAGGCUAAUGAUGAGACAUUGCAUAAUUCGAAGCAAUCGAAACUAGCACAUACUGACGAACUCAGGUUUUUGGAUAAAGCCGCUAUUAUUAACGGCUCGGAUUUGAAGGGAAGUAAUCCUAAAAAUUCAUGGAAAGUUUGUACAGUAACUCAAGUUGAGGAACUAAAGAUACUCCUACGAUUAGUCCCUAUAUGGUUGACAAGCAUCAUCUAUGCCGCAGCGUAUACUCAAAUCAACACCACAUUUAUCCAACAAGGAAGUGUGAUGAACACCAAGAUCAAUUCCUUUUUUGUACCACCAGCCUCCUUAGUCUCUUUUGAAACAGUAGGUGUUGUGGCUUGGGUUCUUCUGUACAACAAAUAUAUAUCCCCAAUAAUCAGAAAACAACUUCUACAUGGAUCAGAACUUUCUCAGUUGAAUAGAAUGGGGAUCGGGCGAUUUCUGAUUAUAAUUGCGAUGGCUAUUGCUGCAUUAGUGGAAACAAAGAGACUGGAUAGUGUCAGAAAUAGUGAAGUUAUUAGUAUAAUAUGGCAGCUUCCUCAGUAUUUCGUUCUAGCUGGGUCGGAAGUUUUCAGCUUUAUUACUCAGCUCGAGUUCUUCUACAGUCAAGCACCUGAUUCGAUGAAGAGCAUAUGUACGUCCUUUGCGCUCCUCGCAAUUUCUCUUGGGAGUUACUUGAGCUCCCUUAUUGUCACGAUAGUCGCAGUUACAACUACCACAGGGGGAAGGCCUGGAUGGAUUCCUGACGAUUUGAAUGACGGGCGCCUUGAUUACUACUUUUGGAGUCUCACCGCGUUAUGUGCAUUUAAUUUCAUUGUGUAUAUAUUUUUUGCCAGAUAUUAUAAGCUAAAGAAAGUCAUUUCAGAAAACUGAAACUUAAGAUAGAUAUCGAGGAAACAUUUGGUACUGUAUUUGUUAUAUGGAAAUUGACAAGAAAAACGUAUCACAUUAACAUCUGCAUCCAUGUAAA